AUGAAGCAGUUGGGAAGUGUCUACGACUUUCUAAAGGGCAAGACCAUUCUAGUUACUGGUGCAACAGGAUUCUUAGCGAAACUUUUUGUGGAGAAGAUUCUAAGGGUUCAACCAAACAUAAAAAAGUUAUAUCUUCUUCUAAGAGCAGAAAAUCCUCAUUUAGCUACCCAACGCUUGCACAAUGAGGUCUUUGCAAAGGACUUGUUCAGUGUACAACGAGAUAAGUGGGGUGAAGAUUUUGAUUCCUUCAUAUCGGAGAAAGUGAUUGCAGUUGCCGGCGAUGUUUCUGUUGAGAACUUGGAACUUAAAGACUUAAAUCUGAGGGAAGAGAUGUUGGAAGAGAUAGAUAUCAUAGUACACAGUGCUGCAACUACCAAGUUUGACGAGAGAUUGGAUAUUGCAAUGGGUGUUAAUACUAUGGGAGCUCUGCAUGUUUUGAACUUUGCUAAGACUUGCCGUAAAGUUGAAAUUCUUCUCCAUGUAUCUACUGCUUAUGUAUGCGGGGAGGCUAAAGGACUCAUACGUGAGGAACCUUUGCAUAUAGGUCACACGCUAAACGGGUCCUCAAGAUUAGAUAUCAACUUAGAAAAGCAGUUAAUUGAGGAAAAAUUGAAUGAACUCCGAUUACAAAAUGCUAGUGAACAAACAAUCACAUCUGUGAUGAAAAACUUUGGAAUUCUAAGGGCAAAUUUAAAUGGAUUUCCAAAUACCUAUGUAUUUACCAAAGCAAUGGGAGAGAUGGUUUUGUUGAAUAUGAAAGAUGAUGUACCGUUGAUCAUCGCACGCCCCACUAUGUUAAUCAGUACUCACUCUGAACCAUUUCCCGGUUGGAUUGAAGGUGUGAGAACUCUUGACGUUCUGUUUGUCAAGUAUGGUAAAGGAACAUUAAGAAGUUUUCUUGGCCACCCAAAGACAAUAUUUGAUGUGAUACCCGCGGACAUGGUCAUAAAUUCCAUGAUCAUAGCAUUAGUGGCUCAUUCAAAGAGACAUUCCAAGACUUUGAUAUACCAUAUUGGUUCUUCAUUGAGAAACCCUUUCGGAAUUUCCGAUUUUGAGGAUAUAGCCCACCAAUACUUUACUAAAAAUCCUCUGGUCGACAAAUAUGGAAAACCUGUGGCUGUCCCAAAGAAAAUCACGUGGAUCUCAAGCUUGAGUUCCUUCAACAGAAACAUCAAGAUACGAUAUGUGAUUCCUCUAAUGGGAUUAAAUGUGAUGAACAAGGUAUUUUGGAACUGUUACGGGGAUUUUUAUAAUGAAAGUCAACGGAAAAUCAAAACAUUGAUGAACAUAGUAAGAUUGUGUAAACCUUAUCUCCUCUUUGAGGUCAUCUUUGAUGACAAGAACGCAGAAAAUUUGCGCAUGGCAACAAAACAGGUAGCUGAUGAAACCCAUGGAACAUUUAACUUUGAUCCAAGGAGUAUUAAUUGGAUUGACUACAUGUUGAACACCCACCUUCCUGGACUCAUAAAGUACUCUGUGAAGUGA